UCUGCUUUCACUUCCGGGUCUGUAGACGUCAUCGGAAAGCGGUUGUGUUGUUUUUGUAGAGGAAAAUAAAAGACUAAGAACAUGACUAAACUGGAGCUGUUGAACGUGUUUCUAAAGGACAGGUUGACGCUGGCGGCUGAGGAGAUUUUCCAAGCCGUCAAAAAGAUUCUUAUUGAUUUUCAGAAUGAAAAAGAAGAAAAUUAUCGUCUUCAACGACUCUUCAUCGUGCCCCCAGAAGCUCCUGCUGUCCGGCUCCGAGAAGAUGACGGAGCGUGUGAAUGUGAAAGGAGAAGCAGUGUACAACUGCAAGCGCGCGUUAAAGAGGAAGCCAAACUUCAGGACAUUCACAGCAUUUGUGUGCUUCACACAAGAGACCCCAAGGAGGAACCAUGUGGUCAACUGAGGUCACAUUCUCCAUCCGUUCAAAUCAUCCCUCCUCCCUCUCGGCCAUGCAAGGAGACAAAAAGGGACGGGAGCAAUGAGGACGUCUUUCCUGUCGGCUCCUCAACUUCUAGGCAGACGGUGGUGCACUCGGAGUGGAAAGCAACUGGCGGUGAUCUUCAUGGCACUUUGAAAAAACGUCCGUCAGCGUCCACCAGACAGCAAGGGAAAGAACUACUCUGGUCAAAUAGAAAGCAAAGUGUAAGCGCCCUAAAAAGCACCAAACCGGUGAAGCCGCCAGCUCCUCCUUCCUCUCACUCGACCCUCCAGAGGUGGCACAGCUGUAAAGAGUGUGGCAAAGGGUUCAGCUUUGCCUGCCAGUUGGAGGUCCACAUGCGUUGGCACAGGAAGGAGAGGCCGUACAGCUGCGCCGUGUGCCCAAAGAGCUUCACCACCGUCAGCAUGCUGAAGAGACACCACCGCAUCCACACUGGCGAGAAGCCCUUCCGCUGCCACGUCUGCGACAAGCGCUUCAAUCAGUCUGCACACCUUAACACACACUUUAGGCUGCACACCAGACAAGCAGCCGGCUGGAGCUCACCGCCAUACCCAAGAAACCCCCAGUCUACUUUGUAAAGUCUGUCCUUAUGUAAAUGUAUACAUGCUGCACAUGUGUGUGUUGACUCUCUAUUGUAUUAAAUGUAUUAUGUUCAGCUCACGUCUUCUUAACACACUUGAAAUGUUAUUCCUCCAAAAAAGAAAUAUUGAAAUAUUGUUUUUUUGAUUUUCAAAUAUCCCUAGCGAUACACUGUACACUCCCGAUCCACAUUUUAAGACCAGUUGAAAAAUUGCAAGAAUUUGCAUUUUAAUCUUCAGGAGGUUCGUGCAACAUCUCCACACAGCCAUCUGCCCUUUGACGCCCCUGCACAACCUGAAGCUCCAUUGUUCCAUUGAAGGAUCACAACGGCACAACCUCCACUGUGCCGUGUGGAAAACAUCUCAGGUGGGAUCUCCUUGUCACGCCAGUAACGUUGGAAACCAUCAUCAUCAACCCUUUCUUCCACCUUUCAAUGUCCCAUGUUUGGUUUUCUUGUGCAAAUUCGAAACGGGCAAUUUUGUGGUGUUGAAGGAUACGAGGCCUUUUGACCUUGAAACCCUUCUCUCGCAGAUGCCGUCUGAAGGUUACUGGACUGCACUCGGCAACCUUCAAUGAGGGCGAGUAUUGUCCCUUGGCUUGACGGACAGCCAAUCGGAUCCUCCGGCUCAGGUCCGCUGACAUUUUCUUUGGGUCGACCACUUGACUUUUUUGUUCCAUAACCCUCAGGAUGUUUGAAGAAGUUUCAAAUGACCGUCUUGGUGCGUCCAACCUCAGCUGCAAUGGCGCCCUGCGAGACGCCUCGCUUAUGCAGCUCAACAAUCCCACCGCGUUCAAAGAGAGAAAGCUUUUUUGCCUUUGCCAUCAAGAGAUCGUGACAGUGUGAGUACCUGACAGAAAAUGUCAUUGAAUUUUGGCUUUUAAAGGCUGUGGUUGUAAUAAAUUGCUUUCUCAAUUUUUAUUUUUUUUUUGGUCACGCUCUCAUUUCUUCUUUUUGCAUUUUGAAGCUCUACUUAGAACCUCCUUAAGACCCAACAGUGCAAAAUGUACAUUCUUGCAACAGUGGAAAUAAAAACAAUGAAAAUGAUUACGCAAGCUUAAACUAAUUAAACAAACUCAACAAAAAACCCAUCCAAAUAAGGUCGAUUUUCAAAGAUUUUAGUAUGGAAAUUACAGGUACAUUUUGAUGUAUUGAUGUAAGUAACGUUGUAUAUACGUGUUGUACUGUAUGUUCGUCUAAUUCCAUAACACAUUUUUGCUCAUUUUUUCCCAAUAUAUAAUAAAGUCUAUCUAUGUAUUGUUUAAUUGUUUCCUUAUAAUGUGUGGCAGCCCAAUUAAAAAAAAAGAGCUAGCUAGCAAGUGAACAUCUGAAACUAGGUAGCUUAACGUGACCUAGUGGUGUGCAGUCGGAGCCAGCAAGGCCUUCUUUGCAGGCCUAACCAUUACCAGGAGCACUGACCUACAUUUCAAGAUUAAAUUGUAUUUGUUCCAUUAAAUUACAUUCAUUUAUUCCCAACAGCCAUUGAUCUUCAUUAUGUUACAUUUUGUUGUCAAAUCAUAUUUCAGCUUCUGUGUGUUGCUAGAUCAAUGUAAUCUGUCCAGGGCCUUCAGAACCAGGAGUGCUGGCCCCUGGCACAUACACAGUGAUUAGCAAUCGGCCAUCUGUUGGUGACCUCAAGCUGAAACCAACUUGGGUUCUGCAGCAGGACAAUGAUCCAAAACACACCAGCAAGUCCACCUCUGAAUGGCUGAAGACUUUGGAGUGGUCUAGUCCAAGUCCUGACCUGAAUCCUAUUGAGAUGCUGUGGCAUGACCUUAAAAAGGCGCUUCAUCCUGGGAAAGCCUCCAAUGUGGCUGAAUGACAACAAUUCUGCAAAGAUGAGUGGGUCAAAAUUCCUCCCCAGUGCUGUAAGAGACUCAUUGCAAGUUAUCACAAACGCUUGAUUGCAGUUGUUGCUGCUAAGGGGGGCCAACCAGUUAUUAGCUUUAGGGGGCAGUCA